CAAAACAAGAGCAAGGACCAAUUGCUCUAAACCCCACCAAAACGCCACAUACACCCCCCUAUCGCCAUCCUUUUCCGCGUUCCUUCUUCGAAUUGUGGGUGUGGAUAAUCCUCUAAUACCAAGCAAUGGCUUUCGUUAGUCAUGGUUUCCUCGCCGGAAAGCCUAGGCUCGGUCGCUCUUAUGUUGGCACCGCUCUAGCCCAAACCUCGCCGAAACGGCACAUUUAUUUCCGUCGUGCAAGACCAGCAAUUGCCAUGACCACAAAUCCAGAUCAAAAGGAAAGGGCUUCCAAGCCUUCUAUCGCUAAUGGCGUUCCCGACGUCACAGCCAAUGACCAACCACUAUCGGACGACGAAGCAAGCUCAAUUGAAAGCAUUGAGGACCCUUUCCGGGCCGCUCAGGCUUCACAUGACAUGAUCAGACCCAAUGCCGCGAAAGAUAUUGUUGCAGAUGAAGAAGAAAGCAAUCUCGGUCCCUCCGACGCCAUUCGAAUUGGGGGUGUUGGUGUCAUUGUCGCCGUCAUCGCUGCUCUUUUAGAGCAUAGUUGGGUCCAAGACCAUCUCCAGUUGGCAAUGACGGGAAUCUUUGUCCUUGGAUAUCUCGGUAUCAUCCUUGAGGAGGCUAUUGCAUUCGACAAGACAGGCGUUGCCCUUCUCAUGGGCGUCGGCGUCUGGACCGUGCUUAUGACUGACUCGGGGGGUGGGGAGGCCGCCCAUCAUGUCAAGGAACUCCUCUCUGAGCAGCUCGGCGACAUUUCCCAGAUCCUCUUCUUCUUGAUCGGUGCAAUGACUAUCGUCGAGAUCAUUGAUGCUCAUAGAGGCUUCAAGGUCGUCACCGAUUUUAUCACCACCAAUAAUAGAAAGAAGCUGUUAUGGACAAUUGGUAUCUUGACUUUUUUCGUAAGUGCCGUUCUUGACAAUCUCACAUCUACCAUCGUCAUCGUUUCGCUUCUUCGCAAAUUGGUGGCGGACGAGGAAGACCGAUGGCUCUAUGGUGCGGUUGUAGUCGUCGCAGCCAAUGCGGGCGGCGCUUGGACACCAAUUGGUGAUGUCACCACGACACAACUCUGGGUGCACGGCAAUAUCACUGCCUUCAAGACCAUGACCGACCUUUUUAUUCCCUCCUUCGUUUCUCUGUUGACUUCUCUAGCCUUCUUCACGCCAAUGGUCGGGGAAGGCGAAUUUGAGAGACCUGACAAGGGUGCCGUGGAACUAGCACCGCGUGCGAGAAUCGUCUUUUGGACGGGUCUUGCUGCUUUGAUAUCCGUGCCGGUUUUCAAGUCCAUCACUGGGCUGCCGCCGUAUCUGGGGAUGCUUUCUGGACUGGGUACUCUAUGGGUAAUGACGGAUGCCCUUCACGCUGGAGAAAACCGAGAAUCACUUCGAGGCCUAGCAGCGGUGAAGAGAAUAGACACUUCCGGUGUCCUUUUCUUCUUAGGAAUUCUGCUUGCGGUUGGCGGGUUGGAAUCAGCAGGUCUUCUAAGUGACCUUGCUCACUAUUUGGACGCCAACUUUGCAAGCCGAGAAUUGAUCGCAACCGCUAUCGGAUUGUUGAGUUCCGUUGUGGACAAUGUGCCACUCGUUGCCGCUACUAUGGGAAUGUACUCACUCGAGCAGGUUCCCCAAGACAGUGAUCUGUGGCAGUUGAUUGCCUUCUGCGCGGGCACUGGAGGAAGUAUUUUGAUCAUUGGGAGUGCGGCAGGUGUUGCCUUUAUGGGAAUGGAAAGGGUGGACUUUGGGUGGUACGCCAAGAAGAUCAGCUUACCGACGCUCGCCGGCUUCGGUGCGGGUAUCGCUACGUACAUCGGCCUCCACUCGAUACACAUCCCUCAAAUUGCUUCAGCGAUUGGGCUCAACUAGCGACUAGUAUUCUGACGGUAGCAUUGUGACUACGAUGGCACCUUCGUUGGCGAAGGUCCUUCAGAUGCAGAAUAGUUGCUAACUCGGCUCUAGUUCCAGUCUUACAAUUACCCCAUCGUGGGAACAACCGGGAGUGAUAAUUUACUGUGGGGAUACUUUACGAAGGGAAAAUCUACGAGAGUGCGGAUUAAAGCUUGUACACUAUUGAUCAGACGCUGGCUGACUGUACUGCGCAAUUCUGUGGGAAGCCGCUCGCCCCGCCUUCAAGAUGAGCAGGGUUUCUCGUUUUUGCUAUUUUCCUGUCCGUUCACUGUUAAUCCUGCUGAAACAUGGCAUGAAGAAAAAGGAGAAAUCACGCAUCAUCUGUUAGCUUCGAGUUGUAGCGUAUGCAAGCGACGAAUGUCCUCCAAUCUCAAUUUCAGACGGGUAAACAGCAUAAGUUAA